AUGCAUACACUAUACUUUCAUCGCCUUCCUCCCAACGUCGCAAAAAGUGCUUUUUCGGAUGCUAUUGACAAAUUUAUUGCCAACGCCCUUAGCGAAGCCACGGGUGUCUCUCGACCUUCGAUUCAUAUGGAUGUUCUCAGCAACCCAACUUUGAAUAAGAAGCACUACGGUUAUGGAUCGCUUCGGUUUACAGACGAGAAAGCAAAGGAAAUGUUCAUGGCCAAACUCAAAACAGAGCCGAUCAUGUUUGGUUCUGAAACUGUGGAAUUCUUGCUCGAAAAGCCAGCCAAUGUGCCAGAGUCACACUUCGGGCAAUCAACUAGUUCUUCAUCGGAAGUAGCCUCCAGGUCUAACGGACGAUCACCCCAAUCAAGCGGCUCUACGUCUCCCCGGCAAGCCAGUCGGUCUAAUGCCUUCUCCAAGACACCAGGUCGGCCUAAUCGACAUGUUAUGAACCUGAAUCGAGCAAAGCCUCCUCAAUUUGAAAAGAGGGAGGUGCGCCCGCCAAAUAUCAAAUACCUUCGCAAACUCCACCACCGGCUUUCGGUUCUCGGACAGCACUUACGCCUAGAAACACUGGAAUUUGGAGUCCUACGCAACUGGAACUUCUCCGUCGAGUACUCGCGCUCCCUUAUUGAAGAAACAGGCUAUUUCAAAUUUGAAGAUGACGAAAAAUCAAUGCGAAUUAGUAUUGGAGGCUCACACCACGACUCAACAGAGUCAAGCAUCGCUAUCGCGAUACAGAAUGUCAACUAUGUAGCUCUAGGAACCGACUUCGGAAACCGAUAUAUGUUUCUUUCGCUUUCGCAAAACCCACAGUUUGAGCUUGGUAAUAUCGCUCGACCGAUGACCGGGAAUGGAAGAGUCGAUGCACGACGGUGCCGGGAUCGACUGUCUGCUCUUGACGAUCGCCAUGGACGAGUUGCACCAUAUACCUCUCGGUGGAUUAAGCUCACCUUUCACGUGGACAGCCCAGCUCCCGACGCACAGUUGUGCAAGAUGGCUGGGCUCGUCGAACCAGCAAUAGAUCCCCCACUCAGCUUUAGAAAACUAGACGUCUACUCUCCUCGUAAUAUCGCCUCUGUCGAAAAUUGGUCUCAGGGAGGUUCCUUGGACUGGGAGGUUGCCUUUCAGGUCGAGGCCCUCUUCCGUAAUGGAGUGCUCGUGCCAACAGAGAUCAUGGCGAUCAAACCGAUCAUAGAAGCGUUGGCCAAACAAUCAAAGGGUCAAGCCGCGGAUGCACUUCGAACUUUUAGGGCUGAAAUUCAAGGCGCUGGUGCUCGGAGGACUUUCAACGAUUUCGAGGACAAGGACGUCGUCAAGGAAUUCAGCGAUCACAUCAGCCGAAACACCCAGUCGAUGCCCUUGGAACGGAUUAAAAUAUCAAAUUCCAAUUUUAUGUGCUACCAUUUAAAGAUUACCCCCACCGCUGUGCACCUCAACGGGCCCUUGGAAGAACAAUCGAACCGGGUCAUACGUCGGUACCCCGGAUACGAGACGCAUUUCAUAAGGGUCGCUUUCACUGACGAAGCGGACGAAAGAACUCGCUUCGAGUAUGAAGUUGACACUUUGGCAUUUACCCAAAAGAGAGUUGGCCAGUUUCUCAAAAACGAAAUAUUGGUUUGUAAUCGACGCUAUGAACUACUCGGAUACAGCCAAUCUGGUUUCCGUGAAAAUGCAUGCUUUUACAUUGCACCCUUUGAAUGGGAAGGCCAAACUAUCAAUGGCGAAUACAUCCGUCAGAGCUUGGGCAAUUUUGACCGAGUUAUCGAUUCCCCAUCACGCUACGGCGCCCGCAUGAGCCAGGCGUUUUCCGCGACCAGUCCAUCGGUUGUGCUCAAGGAGUCGGAAAUCAAGCAAAUUCCAGAACUCCAAGCGUCACGUAAAAGGAUAUUUUCGGACGGCUGUGCAACUAUUAGUCGGGAGCUCGCAAAGGAUGUUUGGGCUAGUUUAGUGGAAAAUAUGCCUGCUGAUCGUCAGGCUUUUCUCCAAGACGUUCAGCCCCCUUCUGCAUUCCAGAUUAGAAUCGGAGGAAGUAAAGGCAUGGUUCGACUUGACCCCAAAUUGGAGGGUCGAAUGUUAUGCCUGCGCCCUUCGAUGAUCAAAUUCGAUGCUGAGCAUGAGCUCUCUUUGGAAAUCGCUCGUGCAUUCACGACUUUCAGCCCUUGUUUUCUGAAUAGGCCGCUCAUAGUACUACUCUGGAGCGGUGGCGUGGAAGAUGAAGUCUUUGUAAAGCUGAUGAAAGAUAGCUUGGCUCGGACAACGUCCGACAUGUCCACCCUAGACGGAGUAGCCCAGCAACUCUAUGCAAAUCAGCUAGGAGCUCCUUUCCACCUGGCUAGUACAUUCCGCCGACUGUCCCGUCUGAAUAUAGCGCUCGAUCUGCCAGAAUUUCGCACCUCAGGUAUACAUAAACUUUUGAACGCCACUCUCUUCCAUAUCAAGCGCGAUCUCAAACACAAGGCGAGGAUAAAGGUCCCGGAUAGCUAUACCCUUGUCGGCGUUUGCGACGAAGAUGAUUACUUACGACCACGUCAAAUAUACGCUUGCAUCCAGCAUGUCGAUCACAAUAGCGGAAUGGCGGAUGUGCGAUAUCUAGAGGGACGCUAUCUAGUCACCCGGAGCCCGGUCAUACACCCAGGUGACGCGCAGGUAGUUUGGGCGAUCGGAAAACCGCCCACCGAUUCGCCCUUUUACGGAGAAGGCAACAACUUACCCAAUAUUGUUGUUUUCUCCACUAGAGGGGUCCGCUCCAUUCCUAGUAUGUUGGGUGGCGGUGACCUUGUGUAUAGAUGGAAACUUAUCCCCCGUUAUAGAUACAGCCCAGCCAAUUACGACAAUCCUAACCCAAAGAAGAUUGGCCGCCCUAGUACCAUUAAUGAUGUCGCCGAUUUUAUGGUUGAGUACAUCUGUCAUGAUGCGCUUGGCAUGAUUGCCACCAACCACCUCGUUAUUGCUUCAACCUCUGAGAUGCGUGCUCGGGACGAGAAUUGCCUGAUUAAUGCGGAGUUGCAUUCCAAGGCUGUUGAUUUUGUGAAAAAUGGCUACUAUGUGGCGAACCACGAGAUCCGAAAAGCCAAAUAUGACAAGCAUAUCAACGAAGAUACUGGAAUGGGUCUGAAGCCUGACUGGCAAGCUGGCCAUGGACGUGACCCUACUGAUGGCCGGUAUUACGAAUGCGACAGCGUGCUUGGAAAGCUAUUUCGUGCAGUUGAGCUACCUUCAGGAAAUCCCGCCCGAGAAUCAGAAAUCCAACAGCAGGUGCCAAAUGUAAUACAGAAAUGCAUCGCCAGCCAUGUUGCCAAAUACAAGGACGAAAUCAAGACGACUUUUAGUAGCCCUGCCACCAUCGCAUUUAUUCAAUCCUUGAUACUGCGUUAUACAUCCGAGCUCAACCAUAUAUGCGUGGCGCAUACAAUCUCCAGCGAGUCUGCCGAGCGGGUAUCCGAAAUCGAGGUCAUGCUGGGCACUAAUCUCGAAGUAAAUUCAAAGUCAGACCUGAUCAAACGGAUGAAGAGCCUUACCCACAACCUCGCCAACACCAUGCGACAUCAACUCAAAGCAACAGAAGCUGAAACUAAUUAUGUCUGGCUAGGUCGCGCCUGGAAGGCGUACCUGCUCACUAGUAAACUUGGUGACGAGACCUUUGGGACGUUCAGCUUCAGUUGGCUUGCAUUGGGUUCGGUUCUCGAUGCAUUACAAGCUAUUGAUGAACGAUUUAUGCCUCAGAUUAGCCCAAUCAUCCCUCCUUUUGAAUCUACUCCUUCCGGGCGCCCCAAACUGGACGAAGAUUACCCUCUCCCAGAUUAUGACAAUUGGAAUGACUGGGCCGACGAAAUUCCGGAAGACGUCGAAGAAAAGACCAAAGGUAAAGGCUCGUAA